CGCAGGGCCUUUCGGCUCCCGUCCCCGCUCCCCUGUUCCCUCCUAUCCGUGCCUCGACUCUCGACGGAUAGUUGUCUUCCGCCGCUGCCGACGGGUGUUAUCGGAGUUGGCGCUUGGCUGUCACUGCUCUGCGUGGCCGCGCCGGAGGACGACCAACGCCGGCCGUAAGCAAGAAAUUCCCAUUUUUGGUUGUUCUGACCUCAAUUGGUACCAUGAAAUAUCAAAAGCAACCUCGUGGUGGUUGUUUUGAUCCAAGAUCGUGCACAUCUAGGGUGAGGAAAACGAAACAAUGUAGGUUUGUGUCAAAGCCAAUGAAAAAGAUCCUAGAAGAAGUGAAGAAAGCUCAGGCUAAUAUGCAAUCUAUCUUGGGAAACGGAAGAAACAAAAAAGAUAUUGGUAGCAUGGUAUGUCCAUCCAUGAUGGUUAACAACAAACAACGCAGGAGCAACUCUAGUGAAAAGGAUCAACGAGGUAAUCAAGUCUUACCACAAUCCAAGCAACAUCUUGAUGGUUGUAAAGUUGAACAGCGGAAUCACGAAGCAAUGAAAGAAGAUUUUCCUCCAAUGGCAGUAAAACCUAAAUCUAGGCAUGCAAGUUCUUCGGAAAAACUAGUUAAGCCUACCCUUGCGAGCUCAGUGACUUCAAAGAUGAAUGAAGGAUUCGUUCACCGUGCAAAUGAUGUCAAAAUGUCAAGUUCACAACCAAAGAACUUAAAGGCGAUGCCAGGGUUGGUUCUCAAGUCAAUAGGGCAAUUUAGACCAGCCACAUGGAUGCAUAAGAGGGAUCGGAUGAAUGGUUGGAAUGAUAUAACCAAUGAUGACAAUCUUAGGAGUAGGAAAGAGUCAUUACCAGAAGAAAUGCCUAAGUCACAUGAUGAUAGUGGUAGUGAAGGUGAGAAUCCAACUCAUCAGACAAUUAAAAGACGGAGAAAAUACAUAGAGUCAAAUGAAGAUGAAGAUGACAAUGACAAUCAGAGUCUUGAGGAUGGUGCAGAUGAUAUUUUGAAGGAUUGUCAUGAAAGAGUCACUACGCCAUUUGUUGCCAAUUGUCUUAAGAAGCAAUGCUAUUGUUGCUCCAAGCCCAUCGACAAACCUGUCUGGAGCGGUCUUCUUAAUAUCGGAAAUAAGGUGUAUGUACCAUUGUCUGGUCAUUUGUCGACUAAAUCAUGUGAGAAGGUGAACAAUUUAUCAAAAUCAUUGUCGCGUAUGGUUGAAGUGGCUAAACUACCUAGGUCGAAGGUUUGGCCUAAGAGAUGGGAGGCAUCAAGACCUAUAGAUGUUCACAUUGGCUUAUACUUCUUCCCCUAUAAGAUGAGGCCUGACAAGUCCCAUGACAAGCUACUUAAGGAAGUAGUGGAGAAUGAUUUAGCCUUACGAGCCAUUAUCGAUGAUGCUGAGAUGCUGUUGUUCCCUUCUAAUCUGCUUCCUAAACGAUAUCAGGCGUUCCAAAUGAAACACUACUUGUGGGGUGUAUUCAGGCCUAGGGAAGUUGCAGGGAAACAGGUUGCUGCAUUGCAUCAACCUGAUCGCACCACUGAAGCUACAGCAUUUGCUGCUCAUGAUACGGCCACCAGGAUUGCUACUGAUGCUGCUUGCAUGCCCCCUGUUGAUUUCGGGGUUGCUACUGUUAGCAUACCCACUGAAGAUGCUACUAAUGCUCCUAACGUACCUGCAGCAAAUCAUGGACAGAUGGACUCAUCAAGCAUGGGUGCACCCCCCGGCAGGAUCAUUGCCUUUGUGGUCAAGGAGACCCCAAGGCUCGAGCAGCUCAUCCGGGAGAUGCAAAGGGAAGGCGCCUUGGUCAUACAAGGGGAGAUGAUGAGUACCGGCUCUUGGCCAGGCAAUAUAGCAACUGUGACGCAGCGCGGGCAGCCGAGCAAGACAUGAGUGGCUCACCGGAAGUAAUGGGCCCCGGGACAACUAAGUGGUGGUGGCUGCGAUGAUCUCUUUACAAAGCAGCAGCGAAUUUUCUGAAAGUUUUUGCGAGGGGGAAGGGGACUUGAAUCUUAACAUGCUCCUUGUGCUAUGUAGAGGAUGCCAAGCUUGCUUGUUAGUAUCCAACAAACCAAACGCGCCCACAGGUGCUGCUGGUUUAGUUUAGUGCAGGUGCUGCUGGUUUGGCACUACCACUCGAGGCCAUGUUAAUCCUGCACGGUUGUGAAGUCCUAUCUCUGUACAAAGUUCUGAUUACUAUAGCCUCAGCUUAAGUUAUUCUAU